GCGAUGAGGUGCGGAUUCUGCGAUUGUUUUGGUCCAUUCCGCUCACGGUUUAAGAAGGACGAUCCAGACGCGCCGCUGGACGAGAACACCUUGAAUCGAUGUCUUGAAUUGGUCAGGGCACAUGAAGCUCGCCAAAGUAAUAAGUUUGGUGAACAUAAUCAUCCGUUAAUAGCGACUGUCAGUGAAGGCUGUUCGCCGUACAAUACAACCGUUGAGCCGUGCGAUAAUCCCCUGUAUCGCUCGCAUAGUCCACCACCUUCAUACAGAUCUCACGAUGGCAGUUUGGAUCANCUUCUUUGA